AUGGAUGUUAACGACAAAAUUAAAGAUAAUGAGAAGGUUAGACUAGACAUGGAAAUUUGGUGUAAUCGAAAAGAGUUGGAGUUGAAGUGUCAACCAAAUGGAAAAUUGUUAAAACCCAAGGCGAAUUACAGUCUAACUUCCCAAGAAGCUAAAGCGGUUUGUCGAUGGUUAAAAGAAUUGAGAAUGCAUGAUAGUUAUGCUUCAAAUUUGGUAAGGUGUGCCAACGUUAACACUGGGAAGUUGCAUGGUAUGAAAAGUCAUGAUUGCGAUGUUUUUUAUGGAACGAUUGCUUCCAAUUGCGUUCGGUUCACUACCCAAUCACGUACUUAA